AUGGCCAGCAGGGAUGUGACCACAGAUGUGAUCAUCCUGACACAAACCGUGGUUGGACUCCUGGGGAAUUUCUCCCUUCUUUGCCAUUAUAUCAACCUUUACUUCACUGGGUGCAGACCACGGUCCACAGAUGUGAUUCUUUGGCACCUGAUUGUGGCCAACUUCUUGACCUUCCUCUCUAAAGGAGUCCCCCAGACACUGGGAAGGUUUGGGUGCAAAUUUUCCCCCAGUGAUUUUGGAUGCAGAGUCUUUUUAUUUUUUCACAGAGUGGGGAGGGGAGUGUCCAUGGGGAGCAUCUGCCUCUUGAGUGUCUUUCAGGUGAUCAAGAUCAGCCCCCUGAACCCCAGGUGGGCAGAGCUUAAAGCAAAAGCUCCCAAAUUAAUUGUUCCAUCAGUAAGCCUGUGUUGGAUGCUCCAAAUGCUGGUAAAUACCAUUUUCCCUCUCUAUGUAAAUGGCAAAUGGAAUGACAAAAAUAUCACAGAGAAAAAAGAUUUUGGUUACUGUUCAGCUGUUCGUCAUGACAAAGCCACAGAAGCAUUACAUGCAUUGCUGCUGUUACUCCCUGAUGUUUCAUCUCUGGGGCUCAUGCUCUGGGCCAGCGCCUCCAUGGUUUUCCUCCUGCACAGACACAAGAAGCAGGUCCAGCACAUUCGUAGGAACAUCACCUCCCCCAAAUCCUCGCCUGAGUCCAGAGCUACCCGAACCAUCCUUCUCCUGGUGAGCAGCUUUGUCUAUUUUUACAUUCUUUCCUCCAUCUUUCAAGCUAUUUUGACCCUUUUUGAUAAUCCCAGCUGGCUCCUUGUAAACAUUGCUGCGAUCAUGGCUGCGUGGUUCCCCACUGUCAGUCCCUUUCUGCUCAUGAGCCGUGACUCCACUGUGCAGAGGCUCUACUUUGCCUGGAUAAGGAAUGAAAAAUCACCGGCUCUUAUGUAA